AUGAUUAAGUCUCAAAAAAAUGUGAAACAACAAAGUUUGACGCAAAAAAGAAUUUUUACAUCUUUAGCUUUCAAUGAACCUAUGAUACAAUUCUCAUGGACAACGAUGUUAUAUUUAUUUUUUGGAGUUCCAUUAGGAGUUUACCUUUACAAGUGUACCGCAUUGGUGUUAUUCCAAAAUAAAUUGAUAUACAUGCCAUAUUUACCUUGGGAUGGACGCAAACUUGCGUUUGAUGAGUCAUUGGUUGAUAAAAGGUUAGUAAGUAAACAAGUAAAAGUUAAAACCAGUGACAUGCACGAGCUAGUUGGAAUUAUUUUAAGGGCAAAGGCAACGUCGAUAAAAGAUGAUGUGCGAGACGGUAGCAAUGCUCCCGUGAUGAUUUAUCUUCAAGGCAACGCUGGUAAUACACUACUUCGAUUACCACUCUUCUCUCGUCUUUUAUUACCUCCAAAAAAUUCAAUUCCAAACUUACAUGUUGUCGCUAUAAGUUAUAGAGGUUAUUGGCUUUCAACUGGAUCACCUUCUGAAUACGGACUUAAGAAGGAUGCAAUAGCAAUUUAUGAAUAUGUGAGAGAGCUCUUCCCCAAAAAUCCUCUUUAUGUUUACGGACACUCUUUGGGAGGUGCUGUUGCACUCUAUUUAGCUUCCCAGCAAAAUAUUCAAAAAGAUCUAAAAGGAAUUAUAAUUGAGAAUACUUUUACUUCCAUAAAGGACAUGGUUCUUAGCAUUUAUCCUCAAAAGUGGUUACCAUAUAAAUAUCUUGUACGCCUACCAUUUAUACUUUGGAAUAAAUGGGACAAUUCACGUACAAUUCAGGGAAUUACCACUCCAAUAUUAUUCUUAUCAUCAUAUAACGAUGAGAUUGUUCCUCGGAAACAAAUGUUGGAAUUAUUCAGAUUGGCUGAGAAAUCUAAAAAGAAAGUAUGGAUAAAUUUUGACAAAGCAUUGCAUAUGGAUACAUACAUUCAUAGAGGAUACGUAAAAGAAAUCAACCAAUUUAUAGAGGAAACGAAAUAG